AUGCCUUGUUCGCCUAUAUCACCAACUGUAGGCAUAACCACAGAAGCACUUGAAUUAUAUCAUGUAGUGCAUCUCAGGAGUCCUCACUUGUCCAUCCAGGCCUUUGUGAAAACUGUGUGCAAUUUGCGAGGGGUGGAAUUUCAUAGACAUCUAUCCCGUCAGUUUUCUAUUGCAUUCGACUUAUUCCUUCAAAUUCGACACUCCAUUGCAGCCCUCAUAGCCAAAUCGCUUCAAUGCAACACACCCGACUGGCGCUGUGUUAGGCGCCUUAAACAUGCAUGUCCUGCAUGUACAUAUGAACUCAAGGAUGAAGAGGAACUGACUUUCAGGCUGCUAUAUGCCAUGGAUGGGAACGAUUCCUUAAAACAAGUCCUCCGGAGAUCUCUGGGUCACGAUGCUGAUGACUGUGUCGCUCCCUCAUCUGAAGUGCCUACAGGCCAACAAUUGACAAGUGAUUGUUACCUACCUCGCGCAUUUGUAGAUCAGUAUUCUCAGGACUUGGCACAAACUGCUACUGCAGGUGAUGAGGAGGAUGCAGCCGCCGAAAACACUUGCGCUGGACGGUGGAAAAACAUGGAUGACACCAAGACGAAGAAGGCUUGGGGGAUAUAUGACGAAACAGGUGUAUUCAUGGCUGUCUGCCGUUACAGGUUUUCUCUACUUAUUGCAGACAUGGUACAAAGUGGUGAGCUCGCAAAGUACCCGUUGGCUGUUGUGUCGAAGUUGAUGGACGUAUUUGGGACAAAUUUGGGUGGUGGGUAUGAUAUUGGUUGUCAGUUCAAAACAACACUCGACCAGAGCUCCCUUGGACCACUUGCACGCUCGCUUCAACACACCUGCCUGGUCAGUGCCUUCUAUGGACAUGCCCACAGGUGCUUGUGCCAGUUGUUUUCGCUUACAACGUACAUCAAGGGUCUAGGCCUUGAGGAUCUCGAAACAUGUGAAAGGACAUUCUCAAAAUCAAAUUCUCUGGCAUCCACACUAUGCUAUGCAAGCGUGUUCCAUUGGCAACAAGCCAUCGACUCCUAUUUCAAGCACACUGAUGACUUCGAGAUCUAUGCUCAUCUUUCACUGGACAUCUUGAAUGAUGGUAACGCAACUCUACCAAGGCUCAUGCAAGAUCUAGGACUCACGGAUGAGAGUAUUUUUGAGCGUUGGAUAGAAGAGGAAAAGCCUGAAAACAAAACUCUGCAGAUGGAGUACUGGCAAAGGCUGGUAAAUUUAACUGCAAAGGCUCUCAAAGCUGCAAUGGCAGCCUUCCAGAUGCAACAUACACGCAAGGCCGAAACCACACGGUGUCAUGCUGUCAAGGACCACGAGAGGAAUUCGAAACUCAUUCAAGCACUCAAGUGUAAACUCAAGAUCAUGAUGUGCUGGACUCCUGCAGAUGCAGAUUGGCAGAGGGUAGGGAGGCUCGUUGCUCACAGGAAGUACCAGCGUGCACUGGAUCGACUCGAAAGUUUGGUUGUAGCACGCAUAUUUGAACUAUCAAAGAUGAACCGGGCAGGUACAGGCUACAAACUACGUAAACACAUCGCCAAGGCAUUACAGACAUGCUCUGUUGCCAUCAAAACUGCCCUCAACACAUACAAUACCAUUGCAGAAGCAAUGCACCCUCCCCACCAAACACUGAAGUGGGAAGAGGUCAUGGAGUAUGCGUUUCUCGCCGACUUUGACCUCCUAUGCGACACACGUGCGGACAUCUCUGAACGGCCUUGGUCAUCGGCUGCUACUCGCAGUGCAAUGGACCUUGAACUUCAAGAUCGCUUGAAUGUGGAGGUAUGGCGUCUAGUGACUUACAUCCGAGAUGAAGACAAGUAUUUGCGGACGUACGAGGAUCAGUUGAAGGUCACCAGUCCAGCCAUUGCCCAUCAAAUUGCCAUACAUCAAAAUGCUCGAGGAUGA